AUGUUUCUUUCUUCGCCUGUUGUUGGUUCAAACGUUCGAGGACCGAAAUCUUUCCAAGACCUGAGAACGGUGGAUGGCGUGAUCUAUGAGACUCACAGGGAAGCUUGCUUGGCGUUGAAACUUCUGGAGAACGAUUCUCAUUGGGAUUUGACAUUGGCUGAAGCCGCGGACACCGCAUACCCGCAACAAAUACGUACGUUAUUUGCUAUUAUAUUGACAACCUGUUCUCCAUCGAAUCCCCGAGAUCUCUGGGAGAAAUAUAAAAAUCAUUUGACCGAAGAUAUACUGAGAGAUCGGCGGCGAGAAAUCCAUGAUCCUAAUCUUCCGUUUUCAUUGAACAUGUUCAAUGAGGCCUUGAUUUUAAUCGAAGAUUCCUGCUUAUCCAUUAUGAACCGACGAUUGAAUCAACUCGGAUUGUUCGCACCUGAUAGAUCAGGAAAUAGAAUUUCUGAUCCUGAUAUUGACCGCGAAAGGAACUACAAUGCUCAGGAUUUAGCCUUAUUCGUGGAAACCAAUCUCCCGAAAUUGUUACCGGAACAACGUGAUGUUUACGAUACGCUCGAGGAAGCAAUUAGGAUGCGUGAAGGAGGGUUCUAUUUUCUAGAUGCACCAGGGGGGACAGGAAAAACCUUUCUUAUAUCGCUUCUCUUGGCGAGAAUUCGAUCUCAGGGUAGGCUUGCACUAGCAAUGGCUUCAUCUGGUAUAGCAGCAACACUCCUGGAUGGAGGGCGAACAGCACAUUCAGCUCUCAAGCUCCCUUUAAAUUUGCACACAGUUGAUACUCCCACAUGUAAGGUGACUAAAAAGUCGGGCAUGGGAAAAGUUCUCCAAACUUGUGAGCUUAUUAUAUGGGAUGAAUGUACGAUGGCACACAAAAAAGCACUGGAAGCUUUAGAACGUUCAUUGAGAGACCUGAGAGGAAAUGAAAAACUAUUUGGAGGAGCACUGAUACUUUUAUCUGGGGAUUUCCGUCAAUCACUGCCAGUGAUACAACGAUCGACACCCGCUGACGAACUGAGUGCGUGCUUAAAACUGUCCUUCUUAUGGCGGCAUGUGAAGACGCUGACACUGACGACUAACAUGCGUGUGCGCCUACAGGACGAUAUGUCGGCUGAGAAAUUCGCGAAACAGUUACUCGAUAUAGGGUGUGGAAACAUUCCAACUGAUGAAUCUGCAAGAAUGACUCUGCCCGUUGAUUUUUGCACGAUGACAUCGUCUAAGGAGGAUUUGAUUGAGAAUGUCUUCCCACAAAUCGCAGUCAACUAUACGAACCGGACAUGGCUGAGCGCGCGAGCUAUUUUGGCUCCCACUAACAGGGAUGUUGAUGAUAUUAAUUUAUCCAUUCAAGAAGAGAUUCCAGGUUGCGAAGAAACAUACAAAUCGAUAGAUACCGUGUUGCACCAAGAUGACGCCGUCAAUUACCCGACCGAGUUCCUCAAUUCGCUCGAUUUACCUGGCAUGCCACCGCAUCUUCUCAGAUUGAAAGAGGGAGUGACGAUCAUCUGUCUUCGAAAUAUUCAUCCCCCAAGACUGUGUAACGGUACGAGACUCUCAGUCAAGAAACUCACGAAAAAUGUUAUUGAAGCGACAAUUUUGUCUGGUAAAUUCGGUGGUGAGCAUGUUUUGCUGCCCCGGAUUCCGUUAACCCCAUCAGAUGUUCCUUUUGAGUUCAGAAGGUUGCAAUUUCCCGUACGGCUCGCAUUCGCAAUGACGAUCAAUAAGGCUCAAGGUCAAUCUCUGCAAGUUUGUGGCUUGAACUUAGAAAACCCGUGUUUUUCGCAUGGACAACUGUACGUGGCCUGUUCUCGAGUUGGAAAACCAUCGAAUCUAUUCGUCUACACACCUGAAGGGAAAACAAAGAAUAUCGUUUAUGCAAAAGCACUCAUAUGA